UGAUGACUGCGUGCCGGUUGGUGUGUGCUGUCGCUCGGUUUGUGUUUGAACGUCAGGAGCGAGCGGGAGUGUGUCUUGUCUGGGUUAAAUCAGCACGACAGUGUUCUGGUGUCCUCAUGGCGACAGAUAUUGUUGCACAAUUGGCCGACUCUCUCUCCAAGACUGGAGUUGAGGAAGGGGAGCUGAGCUACAAGGGCCAAGGGAGAAAGCUGGAUAAUGCAGAAUCUGUGGAAGAGAUUGUGAAGGAGAUCCGGGACUUCCAGGGCUUGCAGGCUCUGAGGUUGGAGGGAAACACAAUUGGCGUGGAAGCUGCACUGGCCAUCGCAAAGGCCCUGGAGAACAAGAGCGAGUUCAAGCGUUGCUAUUGGAGUGACAUGUUCACUGGCCGUCUGCGCUCAGAAAUCCCUCCUUCACUGAAUGCUCUGGGCGAUGCUCUGAUGAUGGCGGGUGCCAGAUUAACGGUUUUGGACCUCAGCGACAACGCCUUUGGACCAGAUGGAGUGAAGGGUAUUGAGAAUUUGCUCAAAAGCACUGCAUGCUACACGUUACAGGAACUACGGCUUAACAACUGUGGCAUGGGAGUUGGAGGUGGGAAGAUUUUGGCAGCGUCAUUGAUUGAGUGCCAUAAACAGUCCAGUGCAAAAGGUGCCCCUCUGAGGCUGAAGGUGUUUGUUGCAGGCAGGAACCGUCUGGAGAAUGAUGGAGCCACUGCCCUUGCUCAGGCUUUCCAGGUAAUGGGUAGUUUGGAGGAGGUUUACAUGCCCCAGAAUGGAAUCAACCAUCCUGGUGUGACGGCGCUGGCCACAUCCAUUCAGCACAAUCCAGGCCUCCGUGUGCUCAACCUCAAUGACAACACGUUCAGUGAGGAGGGAGCGAUCGCAAUGGCUGAGGCACUGAAACCACUUCGCAAUAUUCAAGUGUUAAACUUUGGGGACUGUCUGGUUCGGCCAGCAGGAGCUAUAGCUAUUUCAGAAGCCAUAUCAGAGGGACUCCCGAUCCUCAGGGAGCUGAAUCUGUCAUUUUGUGAGAUUACAGAGGAAGCUGCUCUGGCAGUGGCACAAGCAGUGAAGGACAAGGACCAGCUCGAGAGACUGGACUUAAAUGGUAACAAUCUUGGAGAUGAAGGCUGCAAUGCUUUGAAAAAAGCCAUGGACAGCAUGAACAUGGGUGAGAUUCUAGGAUCACUCAGUGAAGACGAGGGUGAGCCUGAAGAUGACGAUGAGGAUGCUGAUGAUGAUGUUGUCGAGGAUGAUGAUGAAGAAGAGGAAGAGGACUAUAAUGAGGAGGAGGGGGAGGAGGAGGAAGAGGAUGACGAGGAGGAAGAUGAUGAAGAAGAGUUGGAGGAAGUGGAAGAGGAGGAAGAGGAAAAUAUUAGGAACAAGUUGUCCACCCCUGUAUCACCUCCUCGGCCUCCAGAUGUCUCCUCUUUCCUGAGCUUCCCGUCUCCAGACAAAUUGCUCAAAUUGGGAGCCAAGAGAUCCUUGCUGAUUGAGCAACAGGUGGAUGUGUCUGAUGCCACAAAGACAGCUGAAGCCUUCCUGAAGAUUGCCUCCGUGUACAAAGAGGACAACGCUGAUGUAAAGAAUGCAGUUUUGGAUAGUAUCGAUGCCCUUUUGAAGAAAGCUUUUGCUACUCCUGGGUUCCAAGGUUAUGGUUUUGUAUCAUCGCUGUUGGUGUUGCUCGGACUUAUCAAGAGUGAGGACAAGGUGAAGCCUGUGCUCAUGGUUCCUGGACACCUCCAGGCUUUGGAGCACGUUGUUCGACAGCAGUACUUCCCCAAGGACAACGUUGCCAUCCUGGAGGCUUUCAUGUCCCGGUAAGGACGUGACAGAAUGAGCCAAUCAGCAGGCAGCUCCCAGGAACAACAAUGCUCUGGAGUUAUGUGGAAAGGCCAGAAACAGGCUCCAGUUCACGCUGCAGACUCUCAGGAGUGAGAGCUGAGGAUAUGCAAUGAAUUUAAAACAAACUGAAGCUUUUCCCACAGAACUGGUGAACUUGUGGAAACUAAGAGCUCUGCAGAGGAACCGGUUGCUUUCAAACACAUUUCACUGCUGCUGCUUUGCUGGAUCUUUGAAUUUUGAAGUGGAUUCUCUUGUGAGCAUGUGCGUGUGGACUGACUGAAGUGCUUCAUGUAAUCACAUGACUACACUGACGCCUCGGACCAUCUCUGUAGGCUUUGUCCCCCCGACCGUCUUAAAUCUGUUUGUUACUGUUGUCUGACUCCUGAUUUUCUGGAGUGCAGAAACCAUGAAUUAGAGAAGCUCUUGCAGAUUGAGGUACAUUUCUGUCUUCUGUAUCUAGGUUUAAUUUGGAUUUUCCGAUGUUCACAACUGGUUUUAUUUUAUAUUGUUUAUUUGCCUCACUAAAAAUGUUAAAAAAAAAUUGUUGUUCAGAUAUGGAAUUGCUGAAAGCUUAUGUGGAUUUAAUGACUGCAAAGCACAGUGAGGCACACAGGGAUAAAUUGGGUUCUGCCUUAAAUGUAGCACAUUUUUCUGAGUUUUGGGUUUGAUUUUGACAAUAAAGGUAAUUUCAGUGUUUGUCUUCUGCA